UAUGAGCCUUAAAUUACAAUGGAUGAACACUAGCUUGUCAGCACGAAGUGCAUUGAGGCGAUUUCUUUUAAUGUUGUGAAUAUAAGAAUAUGUACUCCAAACCCGCUCACCCGAAAACUUGUAAUUGGUUGUGAUAGAACUCUUAUUGCGACUUCUGUAACUCUGGAGUUUCGGAGCCGUAGGUGGACCACCAAGCAAUAGGUGUCAUUGUCACCGCAUUCAAAUAUCCCUUGCUUCCCUUGAAAUAUGGCAAUUUGUUCCCUAAAUAGACUUCUCUCAUUUGCAUCUUCUCUUAUUUUAUCCAAUGCUUGGAGGUAUCCUUGAGCCACCUCUUUAUCAAAAUUGGGCGCUCUCCUUUGUACUCCCCUAGGUGCAACAGUUUUAAGAUAGUUUGAGUCGUAAUACAAAGGAUUGAGAGCAUUUCCAAGAUAGUGCAUUGGAAUGUUCAUCUUUUCCCAACGUGCAAGCAAGAUUUUCUCCACCUUUUCUUUGUUUUCUUCCGUUUGUUGUUUCUCAUAAUAUCAUUGAUUUCUUCAAUCAUACAAUCCAUUCUCUCAUACACUUCGCCCAUCUUUUGUCCUUCUCCGUCAGCAAACUUGAUCAUUAAAUAAAUAGGCUUAGUAAUAACCAAUUUAUUGUCUUGGAAAUCUUGCUUGCACGUUGGGAAAAGAUGAACAUUCCAAUGUACUGUCUUGGAAAUGCUCUAAAUCCUUUAUGUUAUGACUCAAACUAUCUUAAAACUGUUGCACCCGGUGGAGUACAAAGGAGAGCACCCAAUUUUGAUAAAGAGGUGGCUCAAGGAUACCUCCAAGCAUUGGAUAAAAUAAGAGAAGAUGCAAAUGAGAGAAGUCUGUUUAGGGAGCAAAUUGCCAUAUUUCAAGGAAAGCAAGGGAUAUUUGGGACAGCAGCAGCUAAGGCAGAUGCGGUGACAAUGAUACCUAUCGCUUGGUAGUCCACCUAUGGCUCCAGAAGUUGCAAUAAGAGUUCUAUCACAGCCAAUUACAAGUUCUUCGGCUGAGCGGGUUUGGAGUACAUAUUCUUAUAUUCACAACAUUAAAAGAAAUUGUUUCAAUGCACUUCGUGCUGAAAAGUUAGUGUUCAUCCAUUGUAAUUUAAGAAUCAUAUCCUGCUUCACAUCAUGCUACAAAACCGGCGCUUCUAGGAUGUGGGAUAUUGAUCCCGAGAACUCUUGUGUGGAAGAUUCUACUGUUAGAUUGCUCGACUUAAGGUUGGUGGAUGUUGACGAAGGAGGAGCAGGUUCUAAGUGGAAGAGAAACUAGGCAUAGGUUUAUUUUCUGGUUUUCUAACGUUGCUUUAAUGUUUUGUAUGCUGAAUUAUGUAGUUGUAGUUUUGCUCUUUGCUGCUUAAUGUUUUGUAUGCUGAAUUAUGAAGGUGUAGUUUUGCUCUUUGCUAUUAUUGAUCAAUCGUAAUAUCGUACUACUGUAUUAGAGAUUGAAACUUUUGAGUUAAUGAAAUAUGAAUUUCUGGUUGUUAUAUACUUCUAUUGCUCAAGUUUUGUAUCAUAAAAUUUAAAUUCCAAAAAAAUAAAAUAACCCAUCGUUCCGGGAACUUGGAGGGGCAGCGUUCCCGUACCACGUUCCUUGUAACAAUGGUACUUUAUCCCCUUUAUUUGUGGUACAUGUACUUGAGUUUUAAUUCAAUUUCGUUUAUCGCCUCUAAUGAAGGGAAUAAUUGUAGAUGAUUCCACCUAUUAUAAAAAGGUGAAAGCUUAUACACUAAGUCCAACUUUUGCAGUAAUUUCGGCAGCCCUUUUCUUUAAGGCCAUGUUUGAUUGAAGGGAAAAUUAUUUUCCUAGUUAAUCUUUAACUCAUUUUGGUCUGUAAAGCAGAAUAAGAAAACACAUUUUACGAACAUUCCUUGGAAUUAGUAAAGGAUAGAUAACUAAAACAGAAAAAGGGAAAAAAAUAAGUCAACUGUAUAAGGUACAUCAGCAUAGAAAAAUAUAAAGUUGCCGUAAACUCAGAAUUCCAUUUUUUGUGUACGGUAUGAUCCUGAUUUGAAGAAUUUAUCCAAAUUAAAUUAGUAUGGUCUGCACUCUGCAGUUGCAUGUGUUUAGUAAAAAUAUAGUACUUCGUAUUUGUUUGUUCAAUAAUACAGAUUAACAUUCAAUUUGCUGAGGUAUAAUGGGAAUUGGACCGUUUCAUGCUACUUUUAGUCCAAGUAUAUACUUUAUGUGCAUUAAAUAAAAAAAAAAAUAUACUUUAUGUGCAGUGAUGUUAUAGUAGACUCAGUCAGUGUCUUACUCUUACACUCCACAUAUAUUAUUGUUUUGCAUUUUAUCCUCACAAGUCACAACCAGGCAUGUCUACAGAAAAGAAAAACCUUGCAGAAAUAAUGAAUAGCCAAACAACAUUAUUGUUUCUGCUUAUUGCAGCAAUACUAUGGAUGGCAUCAUUACCAAUGGUAGCUGCACUCCCCAUCACACAGCCUGAAUGUCCAGAGAAUUGUGGAGGUGUGAGUAUUCCUUAUCCAUUUGGUAUCGGAAGUGGUUGCUACCUCGAUCCCUCGUAUGAGAUCAUCUGCAAUUCAUCUUUAACUCCCCCAAAACCUUUUUUACGUUCAUUCAACCUUGAGGUUGAAGAGAUAACGCUAAAAGCUUACUUCUACAGCUCGAAUGAGGAAUCGCAAAGGAUCACGGUGAAAACCCCAGUACAAAGGACCUGUGGUAUCCAAACUGCUAGUAUAAGUAGCCUCGAUUUUGGUGGGACUCCUUAUUGGUUCACAGGGACGGACAAUGUUUUACUAGUGGGGGGAUGUGGAAGCAGUGUGGUCAUGAGGAAUAGAAGCAACGCAAUCCUGGGUGGGUGCAGUUCACUUUGUGAUGAGAGUAUACAUGAUAAGUAUUUCUCUUCUUGUGUUGGCAUCGGGUGUUGCAAAAUUACUUUGAUGGAAAGUGGCUCUCUUGAUCUGUAUCGCUUAGAUGUAUUGAACUUUCUAACGGGGUCUCAUAAUUGCACAAGCACCAAGUUGGUUAGCGAAACCUACAUGAACAAGUUCUAUGUUGAUCCUAGUGAUCCGUAUCAGUUCUCAGCUGUCCCGACAGUGCUAGGCUGGAUGGUCGCAAAUUCUACUGGUAUUAAUAUGCCCUGGGCUGGUGACAACAAGAGGUACUGUCUAAAAUAUAAUUAUACUGCAAAAAUGGAAGAAGGUUUCAUUUGUUUCUGCAAGGAAGGCUACCACGGAAAUCCAUAUAUUCCCUACGGAUGCCAAGUCUCAGAUAAUUGUAAACGAUGCAAACCUGGGAGUUGCUUGCAGAUAAGACCUGAUUCUUUUGUUUGCAAUGGUGAAUUUGAUUUUACCUGGGGGAUAGCCGUUAUCGUGGUUGGUUCUGUCAUUGGCUUAGUGUUGGUAUGCUCUGGUAACAUAUAUGUCUGCUUCAGGAAAAGGAAACUUAUCUUAAUGAAGGAGAAAUUCUUUCAACAAAAUGGCGGUUUAUUACUGAAACAACAACUUGCCUUGUAUGGGGACAAAGAAUCAACAAGAAUAUUCAAGGUCAUCGAGCUAAAGGCAGCCACAAAGAACUACAGUAAAGAAAACAUCCUCGGCAAAGGCGGUUUUGGCACUGUGUACAAAGGUAUUAUAUCAAAUCAGCAAAUAGUCGCGAUAAAAAAAUCAAAGAUAAGUAGUCAGAGUCAAGUUGAGCAAUUCAUCAAUGAGGUGGUCAUCCUAACUCAGAUCAACCACAGAAAUGUGGUUAAACUAUUGGGAUGUUGUUUGGAGACUGAAGUGCCUCUUUUGGUGUAUGAAUAUGUCUCGAAUGGCAACCUAUUCGAGCAUAUUCACGAAAAAGGCGAUGCAACUUGGCUUUCAUGGGAAAAUUGUUUAAGAAUCGCAACAGAGGCUGCUAACGCGAUUGCUUAUCUCCACUCAGCGGCUUCAAUACCUAUAAUACACAGGGAUAUCAAGUCAUCCAACAUUUUAUUGGAUGAUAACUUUACUGCCAAAAUAUCCGACUUUGGAGCCUCGAGACUAGUUCCGAUUGAUCAAAGUCAAGUUACCACUCUAGUUCAAGGUACAUUUGGGUAUCUUGACCCCGAAUACUUCCAAACAAACCACCUGACUGAUAAAAGUGAUGUCUACAGCUUUGGUGUAGUUCUCCUUGAGCUCUUAACAAGGAGAAAACCGCUUUUGUGGGGAACUGGAGUUGAAGAUGGGAAUUUAGCAGCCUAUUUCCUUCAUUCAGUGAGGAACAACCAGUUGUUCGACAUUGUUGAGCCUCGAUUCAUUAAAGAAGCAACUCAGAAGCAACUUACCAUGUUUGCAAAGCUUGCAGAACAAUGUCUUAGUGUAAAAGGUGAAGACAGGCCAUCCAUGAAAGAGGUGGCGAAGGAGUUAGAAGAGUUGAAGACGAAACCUGUCAAUCAUCCGAGGGCUGAGUUGGAUUGUGAUGAGAAUCGUAUCUUAAGUAAUGAACUUAAGGGCCUCUGUAAUGUGCCUUGCAGGAAAGGAAGCGAAGCAUCUCGACUGUUUACAAUGGAGAAGGACAUAAUACUUGAAAUGAGCUCUCCUCGCUAACACUAUUUUUUUUGAUGGAACGAUACAACAAAAGUUAAGAUAGUCUUCUUUCAAGACUGUACCUCUCCUCUCCUCGCUAACGCUUAAUCUUGCAGUAGUUGUCGAUUUACAGGUUUCGUCAGUCUGCCUCUCUAGAAGUCUCUAGAAACAAUAUACAGCGAGAUCGAGUAAUGCAUCAUAUAUUUCUGAGGGGAGGAAUGUUAUGUUGUUAACAAAGUUAGUAGUUGUUUGUUGGAGUUAGCAUUAAGAAUUUGAUUGCCUGUUAGCUUUUGUUGUAUAAAUAAGCUGAAUCAUAGCUUUUAUUUCUCAUCCACAAAGAUUAAUACAAAACCUCAUUUCCCUCUUUCUGAAAUUUUCUAUGAAGUUAUGCCUUUCUCUCCCUUUCAAUCUCAUUUUUGGUCUUCUAUCAUGUUCAUUGGAGAAUUAUUAGCAGUUUAGCUUAGCUCCUGCAAUAUUAGUAUCAGAGCCGAAUUGAUUACAAUGGAUCGAUCUCAGUUCAACAUCAGUUCUUGAAACUAAGAAUUAGUUUGGCUAGAAAUAGAGUCAAACUGUUGAGGAGAUCUGGGUAAGAAAUUGUAAUUGAUUGAUUGCUUGCUCACCUUCAAUUCUAGG